AUGAGCCAGCCAGUGGCUCAUAGCCCGAAGGAGAUUGCGAAGAUAUCACGCUGGAUGGUGACUCCGCCUUCGCCUAUAAAUAUGAUAAGAAGACAUCGCGAUCUUCGCAACGCCUCUCGCCGCCAUUUCUACGUCCGUAAGGGCCACGCCUCUGGCGGGAUGUCCGGAGCUCCGUCAUACACAUCUGAGCCUGGCCCGGAUGAGCGUCGUCUCGCUAUUGCGCUGCCAAGCGGUCAUUCAUCAUCAACUUCCUUCGGCACGUUGAUACAGCGCGGAAGCGGGCUAAAGGUUGCGUUGCACAACCAGCAGGAUGGUGCUCGCCGUGCAACAUAUGGGCGCAACGCUUCAGUUGCUGGCGAGGUCUCCCUUUCAACCACGAACGGUGUCACGUCGGUGUUGAUCACAUUGGAAGGCAAAGCGACGGGUAUAUCUGGACUGACGAAGUUGCUGCACACAGAGCUGCUACACGAAUCCUUGAUACUAUGGGAGAAUGGUAGAACAUACACUUGCCCAAGCAUUCUGCCAUUCAAUUUCGUCUUUCCUGCACACUUCACGGAUGGGAAAUCAGGACCUGCACUCGCACUCCCCCCUUCGUACGACUCCACAUUUUCAUUGCACGAUAUGCGUGUGAGAUGCGUCUACGAGCUCAUUGUUCAGGUGAUGCGGUCCCGUUGGGUGCCCAAUAAGUCUCUGGUCAUAGACAUCAACUACGUGCCACGGGCUCUUCCUGCUCGGACUGUCAUGGAUGCACCGUUCCCAUUCUUCGACACCAUCAAAUCCGCUGCGGAAGAGUGGUUCCAGAUGAAUGCCACGAUGGCGUCGAAGGCACCUUCGAGGCUGGAAGCGAUUCACUGUACACUUUUCAUCCCGUCGAUACGCGCAUUUACGAAGGAGACUACUAUCCCCUUUUUCCUUCAACUGAGCGGGAGUAUAGCCAGUAUGCUCGCCCUAGAACGACAUACGAAUGCUCCCCCUCGAAUCUUUGUCGCCGUCAAACGACAAGUGGUUAUUGAUAGCGGCAUUAGCCCCAGGGCGGUACGGACGUAUACUAUCGGCACUGGCUUGCUGAACUCAGUUCCCCCGGGAUAUGUGCCCGUCCACCAAACUCCGGGGGAGUCGAGCAUGACCGACGACUACGAAGGCGAGAUCCAAUUCCUAUCAACCCUUUCAACCAGUAGCUUUGACAUUGCGAAGCUCCGUGUGACGGACUUCGUCGUACUUACAAUUGAGCCCCAAGGCAGCGCGGCAUUCCUUUUUGAACGUCUUACCCAGUCGGAGGGCAUCCGCAUUGUUACCGGAUAA